GUGUGCCUGCACUACAACAAAGGUUCAGGUCCUCACGGUGACUGCAGCUUCCAGGAGAACUGCUCCAAAGUCCACCUGUGUCAGCACUUUGUUCAGGGAGCCUGCAUGUUCGGACACACGUGUAAACGACUACACACUAUCGAGCCGCACACUCACAGGAGGCUGGAGGAGAGAGGACUGAGUGGAGACAUCAUCCAAGACCUGCCCUGUAUCUACAGGAACCUCCACGUCCUCACAGCUGCUGCUGCUGCAGAAACUGAUCCAGAUGCAAUCAUUGAAGCAGAUCAAAGAGACGAGCCGCAGGAAAUCUGUCUGCACUUCAUGAGAAACAGUUGCAAGUUCCAGC